GUAGACCGGUGGGACGAAAUAACCGGCGGAUCAACCGGGGGAUCGUGGAGGAGUGCUGCUUUCGGAGCUGUGACCUGGCUCUGCUGGAAACCUACUGUGCCAAGUCCGUCAAGUCCGAGCGCGACCUCUCGGCCACCUCCCUGGUGGGUCUGCCGGCGCUCAGCAAGGAGAGCUUCCAGAAGCCCUCGCACGCCAAGUACUCCAAGUACGACGUGUGGCAGAAGAAGAGCUCCCAGCGGCUGCAGCGGGAGGUGCCCAGCAUCCUUCGGGCUCGCCAGUACCGGUGGCAAGCAGAGGGGCUGCAAGCGGCUGAGGAA